GGGAGCCUCUCUGCCCCUCCACGUGCUGACGGAACAGCCGCAGGAGAAGGACAACUCGAUGGAGUACAGCCACAUCCACGUCCACAACAGCUCCCCCCUGGCUCACCACCAGCAUGGCUGUGGCUUGGGAUAUGUACCUGUCAUCUACUACAGCCUGCUGCUCUGCCUCGGGCUGCCAGCAAACAUCCUGACAGUGAUCAUUCUAUCACAGCUGGUGGUUCGCAGGCAGAAGUCCUCGUACAACUAUCUUCUAGCACUAGCUGCUGCUGACAUACUGGUACUUUUUUUCAUUGUUUUUGUUGACUUUUUGCUGGAAGACUUCAUCUUGAAUAAACAGAUGCCUCAGACACUGGACAAAAUAAUUGAGGUACUGGAAUUUUCUUCCAUACAUACGUCCAUUUGGAUUACUGUGCCAUUAACUAUUGAUAGGUACAUUGCAGUAUGUCAUCCCCUUAAGUAUCACACAGUGUCCUAUCCAGCUCGUACUCGAAAAGUCAUUUUGUGUGUUUAUAUCACCUGCUUUUUGACCAGCAUCCCCUACUACUGGUGGCCCAAUAUUUGGAUUGAAGACUACAUAAGCACAUCUGUACAUCAUGUCCUUAUCUGGAUCCACUGCUUUACUGUUUACUUGGUACCAUGUUCCAUUUUCUUCGUUCUGAAUUCCAUCAUUGUGUACAAGCUCAGACGAAAAUGCAAUUUCCGACUGAGAGGAUAUUCCACAGGGAAAACAACAGCCAUUUUGUUUACUAUAACUUCUAUUUUUGCCAUACUUUGGGCACCAAGAAUAAUCAUGAUACUGUAUCAUCUCUACGUAUCACCUUUAAAUAAUACUUGGUUGGUACAUAUUGUGUCAGAUAUUGCCAAUAUGCUAGCACUGUUGAACACUGCAAUUAAUUUUUUCCUCUAUUGUUUCAUUAGCAAGAGAUUUCGCACAAUGGCAGCUGCGACACUAAAGGUUUUCUUUAGGUGUCAAAAACAACCAGUUCAGUUCUAUACAAACCAUAAUUUUUCAAUAACUAGCAGCCCUUGGAUUUCCCCUGCCAAUUCUCACUGCAUCAAAAUGCUUGUUUACCAGUAUGAUAAAAAUGGAAAACCUAUAAAAAUAUCACCGUGAAAGGGGAUUGUUGGUGUCUCUGGAUGCAUCUUCUUUUCAAGCAGUUACAUCUCCAGGAUGUCAACUGCUGACAUGGCUGUUUUAAAAAAGUGGUCAGUUGAUUUCAUUUCCCUGAUGGACUAAAGGCAGAUCAGACUGUUAGAAGAGAAUGGGAGUGAUUCAUUUUGGGAGUUGGAAUGAGAAGGCAAAAUGCCUCUUUCUUGUUACAUAGCAUUUUGAAUAUGCUUUGGAGUAUGAGUCUUCAUGUUCAAUAGCUAACAAGUGUCCAUGUGCAAGCACUGGCGCAGGACAGAGUUGUUGGGGGGAAAGCCACAAAGAUGUUUAAUUGCAACCAUGAAAGAACUUCUGUGACUCUCUCGUGGUCUUCACUAUUGACAAAGUGAACGCUUUGCGAAUUUUGGAAGGUAUCAUUUGCACUGCGUGCACUUGCCUGAAACAAUGUGUCAUUUCUGACAUGAAAUAUCCCCACAUGCAGAACCUUCUAUCCAGGACUUUCUGCAAUGAGCCAUCUGUAAGACAUUUGAACUGUGACAAGCCCCUCUGGGCUCGCUUGAACUCAAGGCUGAAGGAUGGCUGUUUCACCUUGGCAUGAAAAGCAAUCCUGCAAGCUGCCAGUAUUUAUAUGCUUUAAGUUGUUUUAUCUCAGACAGAGACCAAAGGGGAGGAGUUUGAAGGAGGGAGGUUUCUUCAGCCAAGAACAAAAGCAGAAUAUAUCUCCAAUGACUUUAAUUAGAAUCUCCAAAGGCUCAUAAGUUUGGGGCCCAGUCCUGCAAGGUACAGAGAUCCCAUGGGACCCAAUUCUGAGAGGUGCUGCAUGUACACUGACCAACUUUUAAAGUUAAUUUCAGGGAUAUUUCAGUUGGGAGGCCUCUUUGCAAUUACCCCCAAACUGUUACCUCCUGGCCCCUGGGGCUGACCUGCCUCCCAGAGUCCCAGCUCUUACUCACUGGUUCUCUAGCUACAACAUGCAGCACAGCAUUUGUGAUGUUGCACCCCUUCCCUAGACCUCGCACUGCUGGAUUUCUGGCCCCCCGGCCACAUUCCUACAUUGCAGGAGAUAACAUCAUUAAAUCAGGAGUCAGGAGUUUUUAUUCAUUAUAAACUGGAGUCUCCCUGACAUGCUAAGAGACUUGGGGAGCCUGACUAUGCAUUUAAUGAGAAAUAUAGACACCACAGGUCCCUUUGGAGCCAAUGAAACUAAUGUGCACCCCUCAUGACUGGGCCUUUAGAAAUUAUACAUGCAAGAAUUAAAUAUGAGAACUUGUUUGGAGAGUUUGAGCUCUGUUAUCCCAGAUUUACCUUUUAGUUUUUUAGUUUAAUAGUCAAAUAUUUGUGUGUGGAUUCAACAUAUUAAAGACUCCACAACAGUAAAACAAAGUCUACCCAAAAUGCCUGGACUGUGAAUUUUAAAGUACUUUAACUAGGACAAAUAUUUAAAUGCUCUUUCUCCACGCUCAUAUGAAGCAUAUCGGCAACACUCUAAAAGACACAGGAUGAUGAUAUCGACAAAAGGCUUCUUAGAGGCAUUUCAUUUGCUGUUAUCCCUCUUUGUUGUUGGUAUGUGGUCUCACAAAGUAGGCAUCAUAACACAUAAAUUCCUUGUUGAGCACUUAACAAAGGCCUUAACAAAGAAUGUAAGAUAAUAUUUCCUUGCAGGGUAAACACAGGCACAGCUUUGUCAAUGAGCAUAAGGGCUUGUCAACUGAUAACCUCCAAGGGGAGAGAAGCCCACUGUUUGCAAGGUGUUGAUGUAUGUGCCUCAUUGCGAGCAGGAAGCUCACAAAAGACCCAAUGCUGUGACAUCUUCAGAUGCUUCUAAAGGGGAAAUAGAGGUCACUCAGCGUGUCCUAGAACUAGACUCCAUAAAAUCUGUAGAUAUUGAAAGUCUGCCAUGCUUUGAGGUCUUACUAUUUAAGUACCCACGAGUCCCAGUGACCUGAUUCCCCAUCACUCUUGCUUAUUGUGUAGCUAUUUACUCAUGUGGGAAGGGAGUGCAACAUGGAUGUAUACAGCUGCCAAAUAAGAAUGCACUUUGCACAAGCAUAAAUGACAACACAAGACACAUGAGAGACAAGGUGGGUGAGGUCAUAUCUUGUAUUGGACCAGCUACCGUUGGUGAGAGAGACAAGCUUUUGAGUAUACAAGGUACAAAGCAGAAAGGGAACAGGUCCAAUCUGGCUGCUCUGACAGAUCUUUACUCACAUGGAAGUAGGGCUUAUUGGGAAAAGAAUGAGAUUACUCAGGCAAGUAAGCAGCAUUGGGCCCAUUCUGAUCAGCAUCUCAUCUCCACACAUGGGAGUUCAGGGUGCUCAGGACCUCCCUGCAAGGUGCUCAGUACCUCCUCUAUUAGGCUGCUGAGUUAUACAGUCUAAUGAUUUUCCAAUUCAAUCAGAAAGGGGGGGAGCAGGUGGCAGAGAUGUGCCUGAGAUAAGAAUUUGACCCUUUCCUCAAAGCAGCAUGACAAGAAUUAAAUCUUUUGAAAUAGGAAGAGAGGAUAAAAUAAACCAACAAAACCCCAGCCUGGGAUCUUUUCCCUCUAAUCAUGACAACAAUGGAUGUAUGCAAACCAGUAAUUGCAAUAAUAAAACAUAAGGUGACACUAGACCUCUGAAGGUGGCAUUACCAACAACUAAAUAAAGGUAAAAUCAUUAGCCCCUUUACUACUCAUUUACUUGCCUAUUUAUUAGUCUUUGUCCUUUUUCCCCCCAUUCCCCAAGCUCUCUCUCUCUGUUCUCCUUCUGUAUGAAUUGAUAUUAACCAAAGUUUGCCUUUUUUAAAAAGGUACUAGCUAUUUAAUUUGGGGGAAGACACUAUAUUGAUCUCUUUUUUAACUUUAAACUGGUUAUGAAGAAUGCUAGUCUGAGUUACAUGUGAAUAAGUCAAAGUGCAAUAUAUCUAUAUAGAAUAAGUUGUUCAUUUUUGAGAAUGUAUCUAAUAUUGAAAACAAAAUGUAUUUAUACAAAAAUGUCACUAUUCUCCUUAAUAUAUUAGUAACUUUACAUACGUAACUGAAAGUUUAGGUUUUUUUAAAAAAAAUACAUGUAUUUCAAUUCAGUGUAUGGAAUAAUCACCUGCCAUAUACAUUGUGAGAUUUAUUACUUUUCUUAAUAUGAUGUUGGUCCUGCAAACUAGCAGUGUGAUCUUUUUUUCUUACUUCUAUUUUUAUUUUCAUAAAUGACCAUAUUUAAAAUUGUAACAAUCUUUUAGUGUGAAAAUUUGAUUUCUGAACAAUAGGUAUCAAGUUAUCAUAAUCUUGUUUAAAAAAAACUCACUACUUUUUUCAUAUCAGUCUUUGGAAUGACAUGGUUUUGUUUUCAUAGGUAUUUAAUCAACCAGUUUAUUUCCAAUGAUUUUGGGUAUUUAAGGGCUUGAUUCAAAGUCACACUGAAGUAAAAAUAAAACCCUCCCAUUGAUGUCAAUGGAGUUUUGAUUAGGCCAUAAUUUAUUAACAAGAAAUAUUCUGAAGUUUUGGGG